AUGGCGCCGGCGCGCCCCCACGCCCGCCCGCGGGCGGGCGCCCGGCCGGGGCGGCGGGGCCUCGGCGCCGCGGCGGGCGCCGCGGCGGGCGCCGCGGCGGCCGCCGCGGCGGCCGCCUGGGGCCCGGCGGCGCGGCGGCGCCGCGGCGGGCCUCGCCGCGGCCGGCGGGCGCGGCGCGCGCGCGGCGCCGGCGCCGGGCGCGCCGGCGCCCCGCGGCGUCGGAGGGGGCCGCUGUGCCGCGCCGUGGCGCGCGCUGCGCAGGCGCGGGCGGCCGAGCGCGGGCGCGGGGAGGCGGUCGGCGCGUGCAGCGAGCGCCGGGGCGCGGCCGCGGGCCGGGAGGUGAGCCUGGUGGCGGUCUCGAAGACGAAAUCGGCAGAGGCCAUCGGCGCUGCUCAUGCCGCGGGGCAGGUGGUCUUCGGGGAGAACUACGUCCAGGAGCUGCUCGGCAAGGCGCCGCUGGUUCCUGCGGCUGUGCGCUGGCACUUCAUCGGCAAGCUGCAGUCCAACAAGGUGCGCGCCUUGCUUGCUGGAGUGCCAAACCUGGUAGCGGUGGAGACGGUGAGCUCUGUCAAGCUGGCGGACAAGCUGGCCGCGGCGGCGCAGGAGCUAGGCUGGGGGGUCGACGGCGUGGAGCCCCUGGGCGCCUACGUGCAGGUGGACACCAGCGGCGAGGCCUCCAAGAACGGCGUCCCCCCCGAAGAGGCGCCGGCGCUCGCGGCGCACGUCGCCCGCGCCUGUGCGGGCGGCCUGCGCCUGCGGGGCCUGAUGACCAUCGGGGCGCCGGGCGACCCCGGCGCGUUCGACAGGCUGGCGCGGGCGCGGGAGGCGGUGUCGCGUGAGCUCGGCGUCCAGCCUGGCACGCUGGAGCUGAGCAUGGGCAUGUCCGGGGAUUUCGAGGAGGCCAUCCAGCGAGGGUCCACCUCCGUGCGCGUCGGGUCGCUGAUCUUCGGCGCGCGCCAACCGAGGGCGCCGGCAGCGUGA